UUUAAGUUUUAUUUUCCCAUAUUUUAAAGUCCUUGCAGCUCCCAUCCCACACGCAGGUAGCUGUGAACCAUUCACUUGCUUUAUGCAAAAUUUUUACGUAUUCUCUCUCUAAUUGUUUGAUUGGUGUUUGUUUUCCAAGAGAGCGUAUUGGCCCGUGGUGGAACUUUUCAUUAUAUUGUAAAAAAUGGAGCCGGCAAAUACUUAAGGAUGUUUCAUUUCACAUAGAAAGUGGCCAGAUUAUGGGGAUCUUAGGAAAUUCUGGAUCUGGAAAAACAACACUUCUGGAUGCAAUAUCAGGCAGACUGGGACAUAAAGACAACUUCUUUGGUGAAGUGUAUGUGAAUGGGCGUCACCUGAAGAGGGAGCAGUUCAGAGAUUGCUUCUCUUACGUGCCACAGAAUGACACUUUGUUAAGCUUUCUCACUGUACAGGAGUCUUUGACCUACACAGCUUUACUAACUCUUAAGAAAUGCUCCAACAGCUCCAUCAAAAAGAAGGUAGAUGCAGUUAUGACUGAGCUGAGUCUCGGCGACAUUGCUGACAAAAUAAUUGGAAGCCGGAAUGUUGUAGGAAUUUCUGGGGGUGAGAGGCGUCGGGUAUCAGUUGCAGCCCAGCUUUUACAAGAUCCCAAGGUGAUGCUACUUGAUGAACCAACCACAGGGCUGGACUGCCUGACUGCAAACCAGCUUGUCUUGCUUCUCUCAGGGCUUGCACACAGAGACAGGAUUGUGAUCCUUACAAUCCAUCAGCCUCGCUCAGAACUUUUCAGGUUAUUUGAUAAAAUAGCCAUCAUGAGCUUUGGAGAAAUGGUUUUCUGUGGGAGCCCUAUGGAAAUGAUCUCAUUUUUCAGUGACUGUGGCUAUUCUUGUCCUGAACAAUCAAACCCUUUUGACUUCUAUGUGGAUCUGACAUCUGUGGACACCCGAAGCAAGGAACACGAACUUGAAACCUACAGUAGAGUUCAGGAAUUUGUAUCAGCCUAUAGAAACUCAGAGAUCUUUAGCAAAGUACUGGCAGCCAUUGAAAAAACAAAGUACAUGAAGGAGCUGCCACCAAUACCAUUCAAAAACAAAGACUCACCCAAUUGCUUUGAGCAAAUACUGAUUCUUUUACGGAGAACAACGAGAAAUCUCUCCAGAGAUAAGAUAGGCAUCAUCAUGCGCCUCCUGCAGAACCUGCUGUUCGGCUUGUUUGUAGCCGUUUUCCUUCUUAGGCUCGGCAAUGACCUGACCCAGGGAGCCGUGCAGGACCGGGUGGGGCUUGUCUACCAGUGUGUGAGUGCCCCCCCCUACACAGGGAUGCUCAAUGCUGUGGCCCUGUUCCCAGCUCUACGUGCUAUCAGUGACCAAGAAAGUAAAGAUGGCCUGUAUAAGAAAUGGCAAAUGCUUGUGGCCUAUAUAGUCCAUUUCCUGCCCUUCAGUGUCAUCAGUGUGGCCAUUUUCAGCACCUUCAUAUACUGGACUAUAGGAUUGUAUCCUGAUGCUUCCAGAUUUGGAAUUUUCUUUGCUGUUGUCCUAGCAUCUCACAUGAUUGGUGAACUGAUAACACUUGUUAUACUUGGCAUGGUUCAAGAUCCAAAUGUAGUCCAGAGUAGCAUUGUGCUUCUUAACUCAGCUGGUGUCAUAGUGGGAACGGGACUAGUAAGGACCAUUGAAGAAAUGCCAAAACCUUUCAAACUACUCAGUUUUCUUACAUUUCAAAGAUACAGCAGCGAAAUCCUUGUAGUCAAUGAAUUUUAUGGCUUAAACUUCACAUGUGGUGAAGGCAACAGUUCCACUGCAAAUAACGCUGCAUGUGUUCUCUCUCAAGGCGUCGGGUUCAUUGAAGAGAACUAUCCCGGGGCACUGUCCCGGUUCACAGCUGAUUUCCUCAUACUCUAUGCUUUCAUACCAGUACUUGCCAUUAUUGCAAUUCUGUGCUUCAAAUUAAGAGAGAAUCACUGACUGACAAUGAAAAGGUAGCAAUUCCAACAGUCUCUAAGUAUACUUUUUAAUAUAUUAUGGUCGAAGGCUUAUAUUGUUGGAUUUUAUAUAGAAUUUAAAUGAUUACACGUAUAAAAACACAUUCAUCUUCUCAUGUUUCUUUUCACCUUGAAAACCAAUGUUCUCUUAAGAGUGUGAAUGACUCCUGAUAUUGGUAUUCCCCACCCCUCUCUUCUGGUUGAUUUCCAGAUCAGCCAUAAUCAACAGUAUUUCAUGUUGUAAAGGGCUUUCUGAUUUAAUUUAGUCAGCUACUGCUGCUAAUUUUUAACAACGUAGCAAUGGUGCUCUAAUUUUUUCCCCACUAUUUUAUUUUUUAACCACUACUAAUAAACUAGUAAAUUUACUAGUACUCUACUAGUAAACUACCCUAUUUACUAGUAAAUAGAGGGGUUCAACUGCUAGUAA